ACGAAAGUCAAACUCGAAUGGCAAUACCCCAUUCUUUCCUUCUAUCAACUCGUCGAACCAACAUCAAUCCCAAGUAUGGAUUCCUCUAUCUUAGAACACUCAUUCACUCAACCAAUGAAAGCCCUUUGGUAGAAAUGGACAAAGACGGAAUCAUCAUCCUUAGCGUCUUUGGCGGCAUAAUCCUAUGCACUGUUGGAGUAAUACUCUGGGUUGUAUGGUAUAGAGAACGGGAGAGAGAAAAUUCGGAAGAAUGGAUCAUCAUGAGGAGGGGGUAAUGUUACGAUCACUUUCAUUUCGGAUCUACGAACACACCUUUCCCUCUCGUUAUUCAUUUGUAACCACUUAUUAAAACCUGCCCAAACACAUUCAUUGAUCCAUGCUCGAACCUGACCGAUACCAUAAGUAUAUACGAACACAUUGUUACCACAUGUAUCUAGAUAAUAGUAGUAUAUAUACACCAGACGAACUUCGGAUUAACUCCAAGUUUCGAAUGGUUUUACCUGCUCAUUUCUAAAUUGAUUUGAGUCCUAUCAGCGAAGAGGUGAGACAACUCAGUCCUGGUCAUUCAUCUUACUACGCAUCGAGCUCAACGACAUUUCUCUAGAUUUACCCAUAAGCUAUGUCGAGUCCGAGCUCUUCCACCAAUCCCGAAUCGCAUGCUGUCGUGGGUACCCGAAAACGUCCUGCAGAAGAUACCGGCAUCGACAAAGAGGAAGCAAAUAAACGUCCUCGUUUGACCGAUACAAACUCUUCGCAUGAUAUUAAGCCUGAAGGGCACCCGGGUGAAAGCUCUUCUCCCCCGCCCGAGACCCUGAACCCUCUUAAGCGAGCUGCCGAUGAUGCUGAGCCUGAGUUUCCGAAUUCCAGAGACAGUGAUAAAAGAGCAGUUAAAAAGAUUCGUCUCGCAGGCGAAGCCACUCCUGUAGUGGAGCACCCGACAACCUCUAACACCAUCGAGACUCAUCACAAACGGCCGUUAUGUGAUAACUUGUCGCCUCAAGUAGGUGAUGGCCAUCCACCUGUUAAGCGCAUUCGCUUGAAAGGAGUAAACCGAUCGAAGAAACCAAAGAAACAAUGUGACGACGCCCUGUUGUUGCCAAUCGAGUUACACCACGAAAUCCUGGAAUGGCUAUGGGUUGAUGGCAGCUUCGAAAACAGAAGGUACUAUCUUGUGAGGACGUUGCGCGCAUGUGCGCGAACUUGUUCGCGAUGGCGUUCUGCUGCACGGCCACACAUCUUUCGUUUCCUCAAGAUCAAAAGUCCGAGUCGCCUCAAUGACCUCAUAGCUCUCAUUCAACUAGAUCCUCAGGUUGCAGGAUGGAUACAAAAGGUCCGUUUAGACGGUGUAUCAAUUCCGUACCGGGAUGAUGUGCUGCGACCACGCCUUGGAAACGUUGACGAAGACAGGGACCGCUGGAUGUACGGGUUCCCAUCGAGUCUCGGGGUCUCACUACCAAGUCUCAAAUGCCUCGAGUUCACCGGUUUUGCUCAUCUAAGCAAGAAGCGUGAGGAUCAACAAGCAUUCGCUGGUUGGAUCAGACAAUUGGUAGAAUUGCGCUCGGUGGUGGAACUGAAUAUGGUUCGCUGCGAGAUGAGCUCGAAUAGCCUGACUGCCAUGGUUCGCGCAUUUCCCAAGUUGGUUAGGGUUGGCUUUGCCUCAGUCGACUUCACCGCGCCGAAUAUCGUAUCGCUUCGGGACGAGACACCCAGUCUUAAGCCUGCAAGCAAACAAGAAAGUAGCGAGGCAGCAAACUCUGAAGCCGCCUGUGUCGAUAAAGUGUCCGUCCCACCGACGCCUGAUGAUGCGAAAGGGACACCACCCUCUUCUCAUGACGAUCCAACACCGUCGGUGGAAUACCCGCUGUUUCAUCCUCCACCCCUACUGCAAUCGUUCAUGAUCAACAACAUAUCCACCGACUUACUUGAGUUUGACUUUCUUCUCGUUCGCGACUGGCUCCGACCCGAAAUCCUCACUAGAAGCCUCAAGUCAUUGGAUAUCGAUAGCUUUGUUGAUGCUCCGACUUUGGCCAAAUUUAUCGCUUCCCUUGGUAUGUCUCCGGCAUUGGAGUGUCUUAUUUUUUAUGUCGGUGAAGGCCGUCAGAGUCUUAUCGACUCCGCGGUGAAUAUCCACAAUUUAUCCAAUCUCACCUCCAUCCGCUUCGUAACUCAUGAAGUAUCUGAACGCGAAGAUGUCGAGGCAAUUUAUUACAUUCUUUCUCAGCUCAAUGCUCCCCGCCUACAGACAAUCUCUAUUUCCAUUCCAUACCCUUACGGGUUCGAGAUGUUCGAGGGAACCGACGGGUACUUGGCCAAGGCGUUUGGCAGUAUCAAGGAUCUUUGCAUUGAGACUUUCGCUGAUACUCCCGGCAAAAUGAAGAAGGCUCGGGAGGAAAUAACGGCUAUGUUUCCGUUGCUGGCUGAUCGAGGCAUUCUACGAGUCGAGAAUUGGGGUUUACCCUAUCUUUGUUAAGCCGUCCAGUCAAGACCCCUGCAAACAAUUCACUGGUGUAUAUGGCGAUAUCCUGGAUUAGCCAUACGAUUAGCCAUUUCUGUCGUGCUGGGAACGUCCAUUCUGAGGGAUUGCAUACAAUCGUUGAUCCAACUCUUGCGCAGUCGGAGACCAUUUACAAAUCUUAGCAAGAGCCCUCGAUGAAGCUCUGAGGGAGUCGGUCAAGGCUUUUUCGUGUUUCACUGGCGAUGGGACAAUGUACAGGACUGUCUGGUUUCAGGCUGGGGCCAUUCUGGGUUAUUCAUGAUGUAGAGUAAUUUAUGCUUAUAGAAACAAGGAAAGAACAUCCUCGUUUG